GCUAAGGAUAGAUUACUGCCCAACCCAUCGUGACGUGGAGGAACAAUCAAGACUUCAUCAACAGUCAGUCGACCAAGUCCUGAAGAUUCACUUGGAACAAUUGUAAGCCCCCGAAUCGACCUCAUCUUCUUAUACCAGAUUGUAUUGUGUCGUUGCUCUCAUCAUGGUGAGUUUGGAAUCAACGGUGGACACCGGUCACGACGAGAUGAUCCAUGAUGCUGCCAUGGAUUAUUACGGACGCAAAUUGGCCACGUGCUCCUCGGAUCGAUCGGUCAAGAUCUUCGAGAUGUCCGAAAAUGGCGUUCAAACCCUCGUGGCCGAUCUCAAAGGCCAUGAAGGGCCAGUGUGGCAAGUGGGUUGGGCCAACCCCAAAUAUGGAACCAUUUUGGCAUCUUGCAGCUACGAUCGAAAAGUAAUCCUAUGGCGCGAGGAUUCACCGGGUCGUUGGAAUCGAUUGUAUGAAUACACUGGACACGAUUCCUCGGUUAAUUCGGUCUCUUGGGCGCCUCAUGAGCUAGGUCUAGCCUUGGCGUGUGGAUCGUCGGAUGGAGCCAUCUCCAUUUUGACCUAUAUCGAUUCGGCCAAUAAUUGGAAGGCGGAAAAAAUCCCCAACGCCCACACCAUUGGGUGCAACGCGGUAUCUUGGGCGCCUUAUUUGUUCCAACAAACCGAGCGCCGUUUCGUCAGUGGAGGAUGCGACAAUUUGGUGAAGAUUUGGAAGUAUGAUCACAAGGAAUCCAAAUGGGUCGAAGAGUGCAAGCUGGAAGCUCAUUCCGAUUGGGUGCGAGACGUGGCGUGGGCUCCAUCGUUGGGCGUGAACCGCUCCGUGAUCGCAUCGUGCUCUCAAGAUCGCCGUGUAAUUAUUUGGAGCAAUGAUGGCGGCGUUGGGUCCACCUCCUGGACACCGCGGACCCUCAACACCUUUGAUGAUGUGGUGUGGCACGUCAGUUGGUCCGUCUCCGGUAACAUGCUGGCCGUUUCCGGUGGUGAUAACAAAGUAACUCUGUGGAAGGAAACCUUGGACAGCCAGUGGGUCAACAUCUCAGAUGUGAGCAAAGGGCAAGGUGCGAGCCAAUCCUCUGGUCCUGCUCAGACAGGGACCGGCCCCCCGCUCCCUGUGGCUGCCGUGGGCUCAAGCUAAAUGCCAUAUCCGCCCUCAUGUUUUUACUCGAUUCAAACAAUAUGUAUAGAUAAAAAAGAAAGACCUCUUCAUAGUUA